AUGGCGACGCCUGGCCGGGGAGUCCGCUCCGCCUUCGAUCCCUUCAGUCGCCGAGCUCGUCUCCUCGCGCCGCCUUCUGCCGCUUCUUCGGAUGCUCUUUUGCAGAACUCGGCUCUUCGUUUCCGGUUCGCGGAGAGAGACCAGCUGAGAGAAGGAAGCUGUGUGGCGAGGAACGGUCAGCGACCCUGGAAAGGGAGAACUGCUGUCUUCCGUCUUGGCUCUCUUCGGCCUUCGUCGCCUCUUCACUCGAGAACGCGAAAGGAGUUCCACUUACGGCGCGACUCUGCGACGUCUCAUGACACUCCAUGUUAUCCAUAUCUCGACGCAACGCGAUUUUCACGGUCUCUGUCUUCUCUUUCUCCUUCUCUCUCUUCUUCUUCUCCUUGUUCUCCUCCUUCACCUGUGCCUCCUCCUUCUGUUCCCCCUUCCGCCUUCCGUCCCCGUUCUUCUUCUUCUUUUUCUUCUUCUUCUUUUUCUUCUUCUUCUUCUCUCGCUCGGCCUCCUGCUCUCCGUGUCUCUUUCUCUUCUCCUCCUCUCUUCUCCUCCGGUUCCUCUUCUCCUCGCUCUGCCGCCGCGCUGGACGGAGAGUCUGCACCGCUUUCUGCGCCUGCCUUCUCGGCCGCGGCGAGGAGAUACGCGCGCCUGCCUCCACAGGCGCAGCCUGGCGACAGACCGGCGACGUCGCCUGGCGACAGCCGCGUCUCCGCAGGCUGCCGUGAACCGCGAGCCUCCACGCGCCUGAAGUGGGGGUCUUGGACGGAGCGAGACGAAGGCCAGUUCGAUCUGCAUGCAUGCAAAAAGGUGGAGAAGGCCCGGCCAGGCCUAGGCCGCCGCGCGGCCUUCCUCGCGGCCGCGCUGACUCGCGGCAGCAUGUGUGCCGAGGACAUGCAGUUUGCAUGCACGGAGAUGGCUGGGAAGCGACUGUCGCCGAAUGCGCCUUUCUGGGAUGAAGUCGCCUGCUUCGUCGUCCAAAAAUGUCACCUCGAGAUCCGCGAAUCUCCCGUCUGUCUUCAACCUUCUGCAGGGUCUUCUCCCUCUUCGAGGUCUCGUUCUGGCGCUCUCUCCAUCAGACGCCUGGUCGAAGGGCGCCAAGAAGGGGAGGGAGACCUGCGCGGGGGGAUUGAAGGCCUGCGGCGAUGCGGAGAGAGCAGCCGCGCGCCUCCCUCAGACGCCUCGCCUUCCAGUUCCCCCUUCGUUGAUUCCUCCGCCGUCCUGCAUUCUUCUCUCCUCUCCGUCGCUGGACUUUGCGCUACAGUCCACGCGUUCGCUCGAGCCGGAGUCACUCCUCGACCUCUCGCUUCUCCCUCUCCUGCUUCUCCGUCUCCUGCUUCUCCCUCUCCUGCUUCUCCCUCUCCUGCUUCCCCCUCUGUGUUUCUCUCUCCACCUGCAACGUCGUUUUCUCUGUCUUCUGCGUCUCCUUGCCGGUUGCGAGACUCGCAUGGUAGCCUGAUUUCGUCCGCAUGCGCGGGGGAAAUUUAUGCGUUGGGGGCCAUGGUUUUUUCUGAGUUCCCUUUCGCUUUUCGCGGCAGUGAGCUAGCCGUGCUGACGGCUGCGCUGGUGAAAGCAGGAUUCAAGGACAAAGCAUUCUACUCCUCUGUCCUCGACUUCCUUCUUGGAACUCCUCCCUCUCCUUCUCCUUCUUCAUCUCCAUCCUCUUCUUCGCCGUCGUCGUUUGCUGGCGCUCUUCACAGUGAGGUUUCUUCGUUCUCGCCUGGUCCUCGCCGGCCUCCGGUUGCAGACAUGGUUGAAUUCCUCGACUUCGAGCCUCGAGCUGUCGCCACGCUCUUGCAUGCGCUCGCGACCGCCCCCGUCGAGCUUCCGCGGACCUCGUUGCACCGUGUUUUCCACCUGUUUUCGGACUACCUUGUGACUCCGUACCGAAAUCCCAUUCACGAAGGCCAGUCAGUCUCUUUUCCAGACUGUGGCCUCCCUUCUUCGUUUCAGGACAUCAAAGCCUGUCCAGUGCCCCCUGCUCUGUCGCAUCCUUCUUCUCCUUCUUCCCAUUCUCCUUCUUCUCUUCAUUCUCCUUCUUCGUGUGCGUCUUUGCCUGGUUCUCUCUCUUCUUCUCCGUCUGCUCCUUCUGUGGCUCCCGACGACGCCUACGGCUUUGCGUCUUUCGUUGCGACUUCUGGAUCUUCUUCGGCGUCUGCUGGCCUCGCCAUGCCUCUGGGGGACCUCUCGCUCGCGGCUCUGGCGACGGUCCUUCGGGCCUUCUUCAAAGUACGCUGCAAUCGCCCAGACCUGCUCGAGGCCUCUCGGAGACACCUCGAGGCCGUGGUGCUGCCCUCGCUGGCGAGACAAGCCGCCGAGGCACCCCACACUGCGGAGACUCCUCCCCGGUCUGCCGUCUCGCAGGAGACAGGAGGCGCGUCUCCGCUGCUUUUUCGAGCGGCGGUCUGCUCGCCGCGCGGGAUGUCCGUGACGCAGUCGCUGGUGAUUUUUUUCGACAUUUUCUCAGCGCAGAUUGCAGGCGUUCUCUCGACGCCGGUCGCAGGCGUCGACGCCCGCGAACGGAUUCUCCGCGGCGAGGCCUGGGGCUACAGCCGGCAGGUGAACAAGAGAGAGAACAGGAGAGAAGCGCAGCGUCUGCAUGCGCUUGCAACAGUGUCAAACAGAGAGGCAACCAUGUCGCCACACGCCGCUCCCGAUUCGUCUGCAGAGACCGCUCCGGCCUGCUCAGAAGUCGCUCGAGCCGAGGGAGGCUCUCGCCGCAUGCUGCGAGACCUGGGAGGCGUACUGGCGCCCAGAAUUGGAGGGAUGGACCUCGGCGGCGUCCUCACGCUUUGCUUUGCCCUCUCACGCGUUGCCCAUCUUCAAGGCGACCUAAGCGAACUCGUCAACGCAAUCGUCCGACGCGCCCGCUGCGCCAUGCAGAGAGCCGCGAGAGAUCAGCGCGUCGCCUCUGGCUUUCUCCAGCCAGAGGCGGGAGGAGAGGAGACACGAACGAAGGAAAGAGAGACCGAGGGAGAGCGCCAGAGCGAGGAAGCGGGGGAGAUUGGAGGUCCGUUGCCUGAGGGCGUUGAGGGCCAAGGCUGGAAGGACGGAGAGCAGCGAGGCCGGCUCCCUUCUCAGACUUCGAUCCACGGCGACGCGAAAGCCGCAGAGUCCAGCGAGGACAUCCUCAUGUGCCGCGACGUCAGCAACCUCGCCCAAACCUUCGCGAGACUGAACAUCGCGGACAGCGACUUCCUUCUCGCCCUCGACGCAUGGUUGCCCUUCCACUCGGCCGACCUCGCUCCGCAAGACCUCGUCGGGAUCCUCUACGCGUUCAGACAGCUGCGCCAUGCGCCCAACUUGUGCGUACGCGACGCAGUCUUCUUCGCUCUGUUCCGAGCUACGAAUCGCCUGCUGCCGAGCUUCACCCUGCAGCAACUCGUGACGGUGUUGUCCAGCUUCUCGCGUCUUCGAGGCGCUUCUGUUUUCCCCGGCGCUCAAGCGACCUUUCUCUCCGUCUGCGAUCAUCUUCUGCAGCACUCUUCCCUUCGUUUCUACUCUUCCUCCUCUUCUCGCUCUUCUCCCCAGUCCUCUUCUUCUUCUCGCUCUUCUCCCCAAUCCUUUUCCUGCUUUCUUCCUGCGUCUUCUUCGCUGUCUUCGCGCCAUCCGUCGCUGUCUCCUCCUCAGUCUGCUUCGCACGCAGGCAGCGAGGAAGCGACGUACGGGUCGCAGCGGAGAUCUGAGAGCCGCAGAAGGGAAGGACGAGACUGCCGAGGCAACGGUGGUCGCAAGAGUCUGCAGAGUUUGCAUGCGCGGGAGAAAACGAAGGCGUGUAUUGAGCUGAGUGUUCUGCACCUCGUUCCUUUAGUCGGCGCUCUCGGCAGGAUGGCUGUUCGCCACGAGCCGUUCUUCCUGGCGGCAGGGAACUUCUUUUGCGCUGAUGGACUCGACCGCGCGUUCGUCUGGGAUUUGCAGUCUCUCAAGGACGCGUACGCUCGCGUCGGCUACGAACACCCUGAGCUGUUUGCGGUCAUCGAAAAGCAUCUGAACUGCUUGCCCCCGACGGCUGUUCGGCGCGACCGAGCAGACUCGGAGAUCUAG